AUGGAGGACGCUCACACGAAAUCCGUGGACGAAGUCUUAGGAUAUUUUGGUACAGAUCCAGACAAAGGUCUUACUCCGGAUCAGAUUAAAAGAAAUCAGGAGAAAUAUGGACCAAAUGAAUUGCCCGCCGAGGAAGGAAAAAGUAUAUGGCAAUUAGUUCUCGAACAGUUUGAUGACCUUUUAGUGAAGAUUUUGCUGUUAGCCGCUAUUAUUUCAUUCGUGUUAGCUUUAUUUGAAGAACAUGAAGACGCUUUCUCAGCAUUCGUAGAACCUUUUGUUAUUUUAUUAAUUCUUAUCGCUAACGCUGUGGUAGGAGUAUGGCAGGAAAGGAACGCAGAAUCCGCCAUCGAAGCUUUAAAAGAAUACGAACCGGAAAUGGGUAAGGUUGUAAGAGGCGACAAAUCCGGAGUCCAAAAGAUCCGUGCUAAGGAGAUCGUCCCCGGUGACAUCGUGGAGGUGUCCGUCGGUGACAAAAUCCCAGCUGACAUCCGUCUGAUCAAGAUCUACUCUACGACCAUCCGUAUCGACCAGUCCAUCCUGACCGGCGAGUCGGUGUCCGUCAUCAAACACACCGACGCCAUCCCCGACCCGCGCGCCGUCAACCAGGACAAGAAAAACAUUCUCUUCUCCGGUACCAACGUCGCCGCUGGUAAAGCCCGUGGCAUCGUCAUCGGAACCGGUCUCAACACUGCCAUCGGUAAGAUCCGUACUGAAAUGUCCGAGACUGAGGAGAUCAAGACCCCUCUGCAACAGAAACUCGAUGAAUUCGGUGAGCAGCUCUCUAAGGUGAUCUCCGUCAUCUGCGUCGCCGUCUGGGCUAUCAACAUCGGCCACUUCAACGACCCCGCCCACGGUGGAAGCUGGAUCAAGGGUGCCGUAUACUAUUUCAAGAUCGCCGUGGCUCUGGCUGUAGCUGCCAUCCCUGAAGGUUUGCCCGCUGUCAUCACCACCUGUCUGGCCCUCGGUACUAGGAGGAUGGCUAAGAAGAACGCUAUCGUCAGGUCUCUGCCCUCAGUCGAGACCCUCGGUUGUACCUCAGUUAUUUGCUCAGACAAGACCGGAACUCUCACCACCAACCAAAUGUCCGUCUCUCGCAUGUUCAUCUUCGAGAAGGUUGAAGGUGGCGACAGCAGCUUCUUGGAAUUCGAAAUCACUGGCUCUACAUACGAACCCAUCGGUGAUGUGUACUUGAAGGGACAGAAAGUAAAGGCCUCCGAAUUCGAUGCUCUCCAUGAACUGGGUACCAUUUGCGUUAUGUGCAAUGACUCCGCUAUCGAUUUCAACGAAUUCAAACAGGCUUUCGAAAAGGUCGGUGAAGCUACUGAAACAGCUCUUAUCGUGCUCGCUGAAAAAAUGAAUCCUUUCAAUGUCUCUAAGACUGGUCUCGAUCGCCGUUCAUCCGCUAUCGUCGUCCGCCAAGAAGUUGAAACUAAAUGGAAGAAGGAAUUCACCCUCGAGUUCUCCCGUGACAGGAAAUCCAUGUCGACUUACUGCACACCUCUGAAACCCUCCCGCCUCGGAAACGGACCUAAACUUUUCGUUAAGGGCGCCCCAGAAGGAGUCUUGGAACGUUGUACCCACGCUCGUGUUGGAACCGCCAAAGUCCCUCUUAGCUCCACCCUUAAGAAUCGCAUUCUCGAGCUCACCCGUUCAUACGGUACCGGUCGUGACACCCUGCGUUGCUUAGCUUUGGCCACCGCCGACAACCCAAUGAAACCCGACGAAAUGGACCUCGGAGACUCCACCAAAUUCUACACCUACGAAGUUAACCUAACCUUUGUCGGAGUCGUGGGCAUGUUGGACCCUCCUCGUAAAGAAGUAUUCGAUUCCAUCGUCCGCUGCCGCGCCGCCGGUAUCCGCGUCAUUGUCAUCACCGGUGACAACAAGGCCACAGCUGAAGCUAUCUGCAGACGUAUUGGUGUAUUCAAAGAGGAUGAGGACACCACUGGCAAGUCUUACUCUGGACGUGAAUUCGACGAUCUGCCCGUGGCUGAACAACGCCAGGCCUGCGCUAGAGCACGUCUGUUCUCUAGAGUGGAACCCGCUCACAAGUCCAAGAUCGUUGAAUACCUGCAAAGCAUGAACGAAAUCUCCGCUAUGACUGGUGAUGGUGUAAAUGACGCCCCUGCCCUCAAGAAAGCCGAAAUCGGUAUUGCCAUGGGUUCUGGUACCGCCGUAGCCAAGUCCGCCGCUGAGAUGGUGCUCGCCGACGACAACUUCUCAUCCAUCGUCGCUGCUGUUGAAGAAGGUCGUGCUAUCUACAACAACAUGAAGCAGUUCAUCCGUUACCUGAUCUCAUCUAACAUCGGUGAGGUGGUGUCUAUCUUCUUGACGGCUGCUCUGGGUCUGCCCGAGGCUUUGAUUCCCGUACAACUGUUGUGGGUCAACUUGGUCACUGAUGGUUUACCCGCCACCGCCCUUGGUUUCAAUCCACCUGAUCUUGACAUUAUGGACAAACCACCCCGCAAGGCUGACGAGGGUCUUAUCUCUGGAUGGCUGUUCUUCAGAUACAUGGCUAUCGGUGGCUACGUCGGUAUGGCGACCGUAGGAGCAGCUUCCUGGUGGUUCAUGUACUCGCCCUUCGGACCUCAGAUGACCUACUGGCAACUCACACACCACUUGCAAUGCAUCAACAGCCCCGAAGACUUCAAGGGUAUCGACUGCAAGAUCUUCACAGACCCUCACCCCAUGACCAUGGCUCUCUCAGUAUUGGUAACCAUCGAGAUGUUGAACGCCAUGAACUCGUUGUCUGAGAAACCAGUCGCUCGUCACCAUGCCCCCAUGGUCCAACAUGUGGUUGGUCGGCUCUAUGGCGCUGUCUUUCACGCUCCACUUCGUCAUUCUGUAUGUGGAGGUGCUGUCGGCCGUGUUCCAAGUGACGCCCCUGUCCGUGGACGAGUGGGUGACGGUGAUGAAGUUCUCGGUGCCGGUCGUGUUGCUGGACGAGGUCCUCAAGUUCGUCGCCCGCAAGAUCUCCGACGUGGUAAACGCCACCUAGUCAUAGUUCCUCGUCCGCUUCUCUCUGCUACUACUGUUUCUCAUCUAUCUGUUUACCGUCGCGGAGUGUCGUGUGCCGUGUGCCGCUGUAGGCUAUCCAGUAUAGUAGGGCUCGGGACGGAGGCGAUCCGGCGACGUGGCGACCACGCGACGACGACGGAGCGGGGCCGCCCCCACCACCUGCUCACCUGCGCUUCUUCAGAGAGGACAUGUUCAUAA